UUAAAAGUAAAUGAAAAGGCUUAUUGUUGGAAUGGAGCCUCAGUCAUUUCAUGUGACAAUCAUUUUGAUUUUAGAAAUAUUUACUUAUUUUGACUAGCUCAUGAACAAACAUAGCUUCUUAUGUUUACAAUGUGCUUCCUUCUUUGGGAUCAUAAAUCUCACUUCAAACAUUUGAUGUUGACAGCUUUGGGUCCAAUUAUAUAAAUCAAAAUGGUACCCCAAUUACUCUGCAGCAAUUGAUAAAAUGUUAACUAAUUUCCACAAAUAUGUCAUCAUUACAAGUAUUAGUAUAGAUUAUAGUAUGAUCAGAUAUGUUGUGCUGAAAUCCACUCAGUAUUCUGGCAUCUGCACCUUGGUAUGUAACACACUCCUGGUGAAGAGGGAGAUUACAGGCCUUGGCUCUUUUGCUUGUUAAUGUAUUGCACCCUGUCAUUAUUUUUAAAUAGAGGUUGUUAGCAAUAUCAUUUCAAUCCUCUAGUUCCAAUUUAACAAGAUUGCAAGUCAAUAACUGGGAGAUCACAAGAUCCACACUGAUGUUGUUCACAUUGAAUAUAUAACUAGCCAGGUGUAAAUUGCUAGACAAAACUACUAAAAGAUGCUCUGAAGAAAGCUACAUAUUGGUAUGAGAAAAUGGAUUGGAAUUCGAGUGGCCCAGCUCAACUGGGAAGGGGCACAUCUGCAAAACUGUUCAAUCAUUUCAAUGAGCAAUUGGAGCAAUCCAAUCUGCAAGAAUAUCGACCUUACCUACUUCCUAUUGUGCAAUGUAAUAUAGACAUCUACAUUUUCCCUGUUAUUGAGAUCCCUUUAUAUAAAUUGCAUUUUUAAAAUUAGAAUUAUCUGGCUGUCUUGAUUGAUUUGCACAGCAAGGCUGAAAAAAAUUGCAGAAAGAAAUGGAAGAUGAAACGAACAUGAUGGGCGCAAAGGACGAGAGCGAAAAUAGCGUUUUGUUGUUUUCGGAUGAAGAGGAUGAGACUGCGCAGUUGCUGCCGAAUGUUAGCAUGAAGGCAAUGAAAAGUAUUACUGAGCAAGUGGACUUGCCCAUCUCCAUAAGCAGUUCAGAAGGAGAUCAUGUUCCUGGUACUUUUCAAAAUGAAUCUCAGCAGAAUGUGUUGAGUUAUCAACCUGUGCGCAUCACUUCAUUUGCUCUUUCUGGCAACAAUGGAAGAAAUGUGGCUCAGUUAUCAGAGCAGGAUAGUUCAGAUUCGAUGAGCAAUUUAUUUAAAACACAGUGUCCUUCCAUACCAGUAAGAAAGGUAAGACUUCGGGGUACAGGAACAUUCCUAACCAGAUCAGCCAUCAAAAAUCAAACUGCAGAAGAUACUGAAAGCUCAUCUGAUUCAGAUGAAGUCAGUCAUCCAAUUUUUGAGAAGUUUGAAGUAAGAAGACGCCAACGACGCAAGAGAUCUGAAAUCAUUUCAAGGUAUAAGAAAUCUGGGUGUCCAAGGGGAAGGCCUCAAUCAUCCAUAACUGAAGCAGAGAAGAGGAAGAGGUUGAGAGAACGAGGGCUGCAGUUUCCAUUUGUGCACAAGGAAUACGGAAGGAAGCAUUUGCCAUUUAAGAUGAUUUUUGCAUAUGAGCAGGCAGCUUUGUGUGGAUUAUUUACUUACAUGAAAGAGUUAAAAUGUCAAAACCAUCUCAUAAAGUCCUUAAAAAAAAUAAAUGUGGACUGUCCAGACAGAGGCAGCCACCCUAUAAGACAAUACAAGUACUUGGAUGAGAAAAGAUCAAUUUCACCCAUACCAGAAAGCAGUGAUGAAACCUGCAUCGAAGACCGUGAAAAUGAAGACACAUUUGAUGUGAAAAUUGUGGAUAACAGCUGUUUUCUAAUAGAAAAGGAGUUUGAGAAAAAGAAAAAGCACCUUCGGAAAAAGAAUACCAAUGGCAAAAAUAAAGGCAAGCGUAUAACUAAUGGACCAAGUAAAGACAAUGCGAAAAGUAAACAAGUAACAGUUCAACUAGAAGAACCAGGCAAUGCAAAAUCUUCCACAACUUAAAAAUUUUAAGCACAAAACUAGAUGCACUGUGGCAGAACAACUGUCAGACCAGGUUACACCAGAGAGCCCAUUGUUAAAUCAGCCAGUCAACAAAGUACUUGUGUGCCAUCUGAUGAACUAGAAAAUGAGAGAACACAAGGCUCCUUUUUGUUGAAGAAUCCCUAGACUAGUGAACACUCAAAAAGAAUAGGGCAGAAUGGAGAAGGCAUUUCAUCACAGGAAGAAAAUAUUUGAGAGGGAAUGCUAUGUGAAUCAUAGAUGUGAACAGCAUCUGUGCAAGAAAUGUUUCCUUGGAGCAGGAUGACCCAGUGGAACCGGUUAACAAGAUAUAAACUUAUUGUCAAUAUCGAGAAAGAAAAUGAAUAAAUGCUUAUGGGAAUGACUGUUGGCUAACCAUCAUUAGCUAUUAUUUAAGAAUGAACCAAUUAGCUGGUGGACUGAAAAAAUUAAUGAAUGUAUGCCACGAAGGCACUCAGUUAAUAUUCAGGCUAGUGAUGGUUUUGCACUGCAGUGUGUGCAUGUCCAUAAUUAAGAUCGAUGACUUCCAGUUGGUUAGACGGUCAGGAAAAAUAGUUUUGUAUUAAUUUCAAGGACAUUCUAUUGUCUGGAACAUAGUGUUAAGAAUGUUAUGCAACUGAAGUCUAUAAGUUUCAUGUUGUGGGCGAACCUUGUAGAAGAUGAAGAAUAUACUCACACUGUACACAACUAAUGCUCGAUGUGCUGUGCAAAUUAGUGGUUUGACAACAAGAGGUAGCACCUAAAAUUAUAUCCUAAAAAUACCUUGAAAAGCAAAUAUCAAAUAUUUAUGCUCUAGAUCUACAGAUUAUAACAUUUAAUUAUUUAACUUUGACCUCUAUUUAGUAUCCGACCACUAAUCAUUUCAAAAAAAGAUUUAUCUUGGGACAAGUUGAAUUGAAAACUGGCACUGAAAAAUAGAGAUUGGAUUAUAUUUGGUGGAGUUUUUUUUUCCCUGGCAUUGUAAUGGACAGUGAUAGAUAGCAGGUUCUUGUUACUGAUCCACGUCAUUUGAACUUGAGUGGUGAUGAAUUUGAUUAUUUUGAAAGUUACAAAGCACCAUUAUUAGUCCAACAAUUAAUAAAUGGAUGAUUAACUUGAACUUUUGAGGUUUUUAUUUGUUUUUGUGUGCAUGCAUCAUACACAUAGGGCAACGUUUUUCCUCCGUCAGGGGAAAGUGCGGGUGUGGGCGGGCAGCCCUCCAUUCGGCACCCCCAAUUGGGGGUGCGCCACCAUUUUUUGUGGGCGGGCCGAUUAAGGGCCAUGCGCUUCCUGUACAGGCAGGUGGGAAUGCCAAAUGCAUGCGAAGGACUACUCUGAUCUCCCUGAGACUAAAUGCUGCCUCAGGGAGAUCAGUUCCCAAAGUGAAAAAGGUUAUUCUGUCGAAAUUUUUAUUCACCAUCCAUGUCCCCUCGUGACAAUGUCACUUGAGUUGGGACAUGGACAUAACUUUAAGUAAAAGUGAAUCUUAUUUUUUCUAAUUCAGUCAUGAAACCUCAUCCCGCCAAUGGAUGAGGUUUCAUUCUUUUUCAGGUGGCUGCCAGCACUCCUGACCUGCCCGCCAACCUUAAGGUUGGACGGCAGGUCCAUUGAUU